AUGCAGCGCCCCCUCUUGAUGGUCCCCCCUCCUGUUUCUUCUCUCCAGGGGGAGGAGUCGAAGCCCCUUCUGCAGCCCACCAGCAGCCCGCCCAACAAAUCCUUAAAUGGCACGGAGUCCAACUGCUACAGCCUGCCUUCGGCCCGAACAGAUGAACAGGCUCUGCUCUCGUCCAUCCUCGCCAAGACGGCCAUCAACAUCAUUGACGUGUCGGCCGCGGAUUCGCAGGGCAUGGAACAGCACGAGUACAUGGACAGGGCACGGCAAUACAGCACACGACUGGCCAUGCUGAGCAACAACCUGAUGCACUGGAAGAAGCUGCCUCCCCUCCCGUCUCUCACCAGCCAGCCCCACCAAGUGCUGGCCAGCGACCCGGUGCCCUUCGCAGACUUGCAGCAGGUCUCUCGGAUAGCUGCGUACGCCUUCAGUGCCCUUUCCCAGAUCCGGGUGGAUGCGAAAGAAGAGCUGGUUGUGCAGUUUGGGAUCCCGUGAUGCCGCUUCCGCCACUCCCCCUCCCCUUCCCCACCCCUCCCCUCUCACUUUUUAUUUCUUUUCCCUCGAUCGGCUCGUCGCUGCAGCAGAGUUUGUCUGGAAUUCAGCACACGGAAUCUCCUACUCCUUGCCACAGAGACGGUUACGGACAGCCAGCGGCUGCCCCCUUCCGGCGUGUCGUCCCCCUCUGUUCCCUGCUGUCGCUGCCCUGGUGAGGGGAGGGGGGGCGUGUUUGGGCAGGCCAAGACGUGAGGUUUUUGGAGGACGACGAAGGGGGUCACUCAGCACACAGGAAACUCGCUUAACUCGACUCAAUAGAAGUGUGAAUCUUGCCUCACUUUGAUUGACACUGAGACACAUGGGGGGGGCACGGGGUGGUGGGAGGGGAGGGGACCGUCUCUCAGUAAUUUGGGGAAACUCUGGCUGUUGGGGGCACUUCCCCGUCGGCUUGGUGAGAUUGCUGAAACGCUGACGUCUUCAGGUGGGAAGGGGGACUUGGAUUUGCAACGUCACUUUCUCACUGAGUGCAGAUUUACUUUUUCCCCCCUCUGCUGCCGCCAUCCUUGUUUGGGGUUUUUAGGAUAUAUACGGGAGGGUGAAGUUGGAUUUUUAAAAAAGAAAUUAAGGUUUUGCCCUGCAGAUGAAGAACGGCGCCGCGUCUCUUCUCGGGGGGGGGGAGCCCUCUGUCCCAGUUUACAUGGCCGAGCUGUCGUUUUUGUUUUAACUUUUUUUUUUUUUUGCUAAAGUAGAUAUUAAAUAUAAAUACAUUCAUCCACGCCAA